AUGGCGCACCGCUUCGUCCUCACAGCCUUCGUCACCGGCUCCCGAAUCCUCGGCCGUUCCUUCGUCGCCGCCUACAAGCAGGCUCAGGCCGCUUCCAAGUACCAGCGCGCGCAGGCCAAGGCCGGCGGCUCCUCAGCAGGUGCUUCCCUCUCGGGUGGCAUGACCCUCGACGAGGCCUGCAAGGUGCUCAACGUCAAGCCCCCGGCCGGCGGCCACGCCAACGUCGAGGAGGUGCUCGAGCGAUACAAGCGGCUCUUCGACGCAAACGAUCCGCAGAAGGGUGGCAGCUUCUACCUCCAGAGCAAGAUAGUGCGCGCCAAGGAGCGCUUUGAGCGUGAGCUCGGCCCUAUGCGCGAGAAAAUUGAACAGGAAGCCGAGACGAAGGAGGGUUGGAAGCCCAAGGUUUACAAAGACCGGUAG